ACAGAUACGACAUCCCAGGAAAAGCCCAAUCUUUUUAUGCUAUUCAUCGUCGGAUCCCCGCCCGUCGGUAUGAUGUGUGCUUGUUGUUCACUUUCGAUCGGAGAAGCUCUGGAAACACUACCGGCCAGGCCGUCCGCACCGCGACUUCUUCUUCUACGACUAAGACGGACCAACGAACGAACAAACUCUAGUCGUCAUCUCGGCCGCAAACCUUUACUCAGAAUUCCACCUAUUUGCUACUCGAGGUCAUUUCAAUAACCUGAAUUUGCCACCACAGCGGCCCUUUAUCUAUGUCUCGCACUCGCAACCUUGUUGUUGCAGGUGGAUUACUAGCCUUUGCUAGUGCUGGAAUGGCGUUUCCCUUCUACAUGGCAGCAGGGAAGAGUAAGCCAGUGAUCGACUCAUCGAAGCCAUUGCCGCCACAAGCCACAUUCCGAGGGCCUUACAUCAACACGGGUUCCCGUGAUAUCGGACCAGAUUUCCAGAGCUACACCAAGAAAUGAUUUUUGUCAUCCUGCUUGCUGUGAUCGUUUUGUCUUGUGGACCUCAACUUCGUUUACUCAUUGAUUUCAUAUCCAUUCUUCAAUGGCAAAGUUGAAGAUGCCGUUGCCGAAACUUGCACGGCAUUCCUUCCAUCUCCUUUCGAAAUCAGAACGAAAUAAGCUCGCGAAACUGGAAUAAACAAAGCCCUGAAAGGCUGAAAUCAACCCACAGAAUACUUAAUUAUGGCGCUUCUCGUGUCAACCAAAUGCUUCACCAAACUCGCAUCUCCAGCACUUCCAACAUCCACUGUUCACUGCAAAGCUUGUUUCUUUUUGCCCUCCAGAAGCUCGAGCGCAGCGAGGAAGCUGCCCAACAACAAAGCCCAUCGCUUAGUAUCUCCUUUUCGCGUUGCAGCGCCGCCUUCUCGCUCUCGGUCUGUGCAGCAGAAAGAAGAAAAAGAAGAGAAGCAGGGAGAAGAAGAAGAUUACGGGACUAGAGAGGAAGUAGGGGAAGAAGGUGAUGAUGGGAAGUUCGUUUGGAGGGAUCAUUGGUACCCAGUUUCUCUGAUCGAAGAUUUGGACCCUGCGUUGCCUACCCCUUUCCAGCUUCUUGGACGAGACUUGGUCCUCUGGUUCGACCGCACUAACCAGGAAUGGGUUGCCUUUGAUGAUAAGUGCCCUCACAGGCUUGCUCCUCUGUCUGAAGGUAGGAUCGACGAAAACGGGCACCUGCAAUGUUCAUACCAUGGAUGGUCAUUCGGCGGCUGUGGAUCUUGCACAAGGAUUCCACAGGCGAUGUCAGAAGGUCCAGAAGCUCGUGCUGUCAAAUCUCCAAGGGCUUGUGCUACUAGAUUCCCUACUUUGGUCUCUCAAGGCUUGCUCUUUGUUUGGCCAGAUGAGAAUGGCUGGGAAAGAGCUAAAUCCAUCAGACCUCCAAUGUUGCCUGAUGACUUUGAUAAGCCAGAAUUCUCAUCAGUGACGAUUCAGAGAGAUCUGUACUAUGGCUAUGAUACCUUAAUGGAGAAUGUUUCUGAUCCUUCCCACAUUGAUUUUGCUCAUCAUAAGGUGACUGGAAGGAGAGAUAGAGCCAAGCCAUUGCCGUUUAAACUGGAAUCAAAGGGCCCCUGGGGAUUUGCUGGGGCGAAUGAAGGGAACCCGAGGAUCACUGCAAAGUUUAUUGCACCCUGUUAUUAUAUGAAUAAAGUAGAGAUAGACACAAAACUUCCUCUAGUCGGAGAUCAGAAAUGGGUGAUAUGGAUAUGCUCUUUCAAUGUGCCAAUGGCACCAGGGAAGACCCGUUCAAUCGUUUGCAGUGCUCGAAACUUCUUCCAAUUCUCAAUGCCCGGGCCUGCAUGGUGGCAGGUAGUUCCGAGAUGGCAAGAGCAUUGGACCUCAAACAAGGUAUACGAUGGAGACAUGAUUGUCCUUCAAGGUCAAGAGAAGAUCUUCCAGUCACUAGAAAAGGAUUCUGAAGGAGAUGUAAACAAGCAGUACACUCAAAUCACAUUCACUCCCACUCAAGCUGACCGAUUCGUCUUGGCAUUCCGCAACUGGCUGAGACGACACGGCCAACCCGAGUGGUUCAGCUCUACUCCUUCCCAACAGCCUCUGCCCUCCACUGUUCUCACAAAACGUGAGAUGCUGGAUAGAUUUGAGCAGCACACCACGAAAUGCUCCUCCUGCAAACAAGCCUACUUGACAUUCCAGACAUUGCAGAAGCUACUGAUUGCCAUGACUGUUGCCCUCUGUGGGAGUGCUGGUAUUCCUUCUGAGAUUCAGCUCCGGGUUUUACUUGCUGGUCUGGGUCUCACGAGCGCAGCUGUUGCUUAUCUACUCAACCAGUGGGAGAAGAACUUUGUAUUUGUCGACUAUGUACAUGCUGAGAUCGAUUAAAUCAGAAAUUUUCUUCCUUGGAAUGAAUAUAACAAGCAGAAUGAUCUAUCUCCAAUGACUAGAUUAGACAAAGUCCACAAUAGAAAUCGUUUUCAGCAAGAACAGAGAACAUUAUACAGAAAACAGAUCAAUAGCAAAUGGAUAAUGACAAAGGAAUUCUGAGCUUAAAUAAACCAUUGAUUCGAACAGUCUCACAUCAAACUAAAAGGAAAUGUAAAGUAAGAGUCUUACACCAAUCACAGAUCAGAAGCUACUGUAAUUUCAUUAAGUCGAGUGAAAUCACAGAAGUGCAGAUGAUUUCCCGAAACAGGAAAACCCUAAAUUUUGCAAUUCAGACGAGUAAGACAUACUGCUUCGAAACCCUCACAAACUCGAGCAAGAGAGCAAUCUAAGAGCUAGUGAACUUGGUAACGGCCUUGGUUCCUUCAGAGACGGCGUGCUUGGCGAGCUCACCGGGGAGAACAAGUCGAACGGCGGUCUGAAUCUCCCGGGAAGUGAUGGUGGGCUUCUUGUUGUACCUGGCGAGCCUGGAGGACUCCUGAGCGAGCUUCUCGAAGAUGUCGUUGAUGAAGCUGUUCAUGAUCCCCAUGGCCUUGCUGGAGAUCCCGAUGUCAGGGUGGACCUGCUUCAGCACCUUGAAGAUGUAGAUCUUGUACGUCUCCACGCUCUUCUUGUUUCUCUUCUUCUUCUUGUCUGCGGCAGCGGCGCCUCCUUCCUUGGGCAGCUUCUUCUCGGCUCUGGGCUUCUUCUCGGCGGGAGCCUUCUCGGCCUUCUUGUCCUCCGCUGGCUUCUUCUCGGCUGGCUUCUUCUCUGCUUGCUUGGGCGCCAUUGGAACGGAUAGAAAGGGAGUU